AUGCUUGCCACAAUGGGAUACAUUACCCCCGAGAUCACCGGAAAAUUCCCGGGCUAUCUGAGCCCUUCCGCUGGUCUGAAGUUCGCCGACGUGCCCAAUGGCCUGGCUGCGAUUUCGAAAGUGCCUGCUGCUGGGUGGGGUCAGAUCUUGGCUUACAUGGCCUUCUGCGAGGUGUCCCAGGACCAGUCGGCGGGAACUCCUGCUGCGGCGGGUGACUUCGGAUUCAAGGUGCUGACUGCCUCUGACCCGGAGGCGAAGAAGACGAAGCUAGCGGCCGAGUUGGCCAACGGAAGACUUGCGAUGAUGGCCAUCAUCGGCAUGUUUUUCCAGGAUGGUCUCACUGGCAGUGCUUGGGGUGACUGGGCCAACUACACUGCUUCGCCUUUGCGUGCCUUUGAAAACGAGCUUGGAGUGCAAGCACCAGUGGGGUUCUGGGACCCGGCAGGGUUCACGGCCGAUGGUAGCACUGAGAACUUCGCCCGACGUCGCCAGACGGAGCUGAAGCAUGGUCGCAUUUCCAUGCUUGCCACAAUGGGAUACAUUACCCCGGAGAUCACCGGAAAAUUCCCGGGCUAUCUGAGCCCUUCCGCUGGUCUGAAGUUCGCCGACGUGCCCAAUGGCCUGGCUGCGAUUUCGAAAGUGCCUGCUGCUGGGUGGGGUCAGAUCUUGGCUUACAUGGCCUUCUGCGAGGUGUCCCAGGACCAGUCGGCGGGAACUCCUGCUGCGGCGGGUGACUUCGGAUUCAAGGUGCUGACUGCCUCUGACCCGGAGGCAAAGAAGACGAAGCUAGCGGCCGAGUUGGCCAACGGAAGACUUGCGAUGAUGGCCAUCAUCGGCAUGUUUUUCCAGGAUGGUCUCACUGGCAGUGCUUGGGGUGACUGGGCCAACUACACUGCUUCGCCUUUGCGUGCCUUUGAAAACGAGCUUGGAGUGCAAGCACCAGUGGGGUUCUGGGACCCGGCAGGGUUCACGGCCGAUGGUAGCACUGAGAACUUCGCCCGACGUCGCCAGACGGAGCUGAAGCAUGGUCGCAUUUCCAUGCUUGCUACAAUGGGAUACAUUACCCCGGAGAUCACCGGAAAAUUCCCGGGCUAUCUGAGCCCUUCCGCUGGUCUGAAGUUCGCCGACGUGCCCAAUGGCCUGGCUGCGAUUUCGAAAGUGCCUGCUGCUGGGUGGGGUCAGAUCUUGGCUUACAUGGCCUUCUGCGAGGUGUCCCAGGACCAGUCGGCGGGAACUCCUGCUGCGGCGGGUGACUUCGGAUUCAAGGUGCUGACUGCCUCUGACCCGGAGGCGAAGAAGACGAAGCUAGCGGCUGAGUUGGCCAACGGAAGACUUGCGAUGAUGGCCAUCAUCGGCAUGUUUUUCCAGGAUGGUCUCACCGGCAGCGCUUGGGGUGACUGGGCCAACUACACCGCUUCGCCUUUGCGUGCCUUCGAAAACGAGCUUGGAGUGCAAGCACCGGUGGGGUUCUGGGACCCGGCAGGGUUCACGGCCGACGGCAGCGCUGAGAACUUCGCCCGACGUCGCCAGACGGAGCUGAAGCAUGGUCGAAUUUCCAUGCUCGCUACAAUGGGAUACAUUACCCCCGAGAUCACUGGGAAAUUCCCGGGCUAUUUGAGCCCUUCCGCUGGUCUGAAGUUCGCCGACGUGCCCAAUGGCCUGGCUGCAAUUUCCAAAGUUCCUGCCGCUGGGUGGGGUCAGAUCUUGGCUUACAUGGCCUUCUGCGAGGUGUCCCAGGACCAGUCGGCGGGAACUCCUGCUGCGGCGGGUGACUUCGGAUUCAAGGUGCUGACUGCCUCUGACCCGGAGGCGAAGAAGACGAAGCUAGCGGCCGAGUUGGCCAACGGAAGACUUGCGAUGAUGGCCAUCAUCGGCAUGUUUUUCCAGGAUGGAUUGACUGGCAGCGCGUGGGGUGACUGGGCGAAUUACACUGCUUCGCCUUUGAGGGCGUCCUCGCAGUGA